GCGACAAGAAAGGCGACAAGAAAGGCGAAAAGAAAGUCGUCGAGGAAACGGACAAACUAGCAGCAGCCCAGAAAAAGUUCGACUAUGAGCUCCGGCAGUUAAAAAACGACAUCGCCCAGCUAAAGACCUCCAAUCAAAAGUUGCGAAGAGACAAGGGGGCGUUACGGCUAGAUGUUGUCAACCUAAAGAAACUCACAGGAGCGUCUCCUACAAGAGCAGUGCAGGAUAAAGUGGCCCUGCUAGAAUUAUACGAGAAGAUUGCCAAAGAAGCACGCGAAUUCAAGGCCGGCACUCCCCAGUCCGUGGAGGUGGUCGAUGGUCAGCAGCUCGUCAUCACCCUGGCCCAGCCCGACGGCACCACCAAGCAAAUGGCCAUGUCCCUCCACUGGUUGCGCGACACCUGCAAGUGCCCGCACUGCGUGAACCCCGACUCCGGCCAGAAGAGCUUCUCCAGCACCUCUCUGCCCGAAGCUCUCGAGGUCCAAAGCGCCGAGGUCAACGCCGCCGACGGCUCCAUCACCAUCGUCUGGGCCAACGACACCGUCAGCACCAACGCCACCACGCACACCUCGACCUACGACGCCUCCGACAUCUUCACCUGGCAGCUCCCGUACGACCUCGCCGGCAACCUGCUCCCCGUUGAACGCACGCUCUGGGACCGCUCCAAGCUCCAAGCCCACAUCGACUCCGGCGACCUGCGCGUCUCGUACAACGACUGGCUGACCUCCGACGCCGCCUUCUGGAAAGCCUUCGAGUCUCUCGCCCGCUUCGGCAUCCUCUUCGUGCACUCGAUCCCGUCCGACCGCGCGCUCGUCGAAUCACAAGUCGAAAAGAUCGCCAACCGCAUCGGCAUCCUCAUGCACACCUUCUACGGCUUCACCUGGGACGUGCGCUCCAAACCUCGCGCCGAGAACGUCGCCUACACCAACGUGUUUCUCGGUCUGCACCAAGACCUGAUGUACAUCGACCCCCCUCCCCGCUUGCAGCUCCUGCACUGCAUCGCCAACUCCUUUGAAGGCGGCGAGUCCCUCUUCAGCGACGGCGCGCGCGCCGCCUACUCUCUCGAACUCAACAACCCAGCAGCCUUCGACCAGCUGCGCGGCAACCGCUCGCCGCAGUUCCACUACCACCGCAACGGCAACGACUACCACAUGGGCCGCAACACGUUCCGCUACGCCGGGCGGACCGGCCAAGGCAACGGGUUUCUGAGCAGGAUCCACUGGGCGCCGCCCUUCCAGGCCCCCUUUUCGCGGCAGACGGGCGCCACGGCGACGAACGUGCUGGGGAACCGCGUCAUUCAGGACGGCGGUGGCGGUGCUUAUGCCGAGGGGGAGCAUAGUAUGGUGGUGGUGGAGGAAAAGGGGAAGAACAUGACCAAGUGGGUGCCGGCGGCCAAGGAGUUUGAGCGCGAGAUUAGUGCCGAGGAGAAUAUGUUUGAGCUCAAGAUGAAGGAGGGCGAGUGUGUGAUUUUCGAUAACUGGCGCGUGUUGCACGGCCGCAGGGAGUUUCAGACAGAGGGACAGGCGGAGGGCGCCGAGAGGUGGCUGAAGGGCACGUAUAUCAGCCAUCAGGUGUACAAGGCCAUGGAGGAUAAGUUGCAGUGGAGGUUGGCGCAAAAGGAGGGCGGGAUUCCCUUGGCUAUCGGUGUGGCGGAGGCACAUGGGCUGGGGUGGAAGGAGAGGGGACAGUUGCCGCAGAAGGAGGCUCCUAAGGAGGAGACUACUGCCCCUGUUCAGACUGAGGAGGCUCCCAAGACUGAGGAGACCCCCAAGGUUGAGGAAGCGGUUAAGCCUGAGGGUACCCAGAAUGAGGGUCCUUCGCGCCAGCCCGAGGAGCAAUUGGGCACGGUGAACUGGAACGCAUAAGGCCGAGAGAGGGAGGUGUUGAUGGGAAGCUGUGUAUGAUGUGUAAUGACCUCUUGGGAGCGAGGAGCAUGUAGAUUACUGUAGAUAUACCAGGUUGGAUACCCAAGAACAUAAGAACUUUGAAACCAUGUCCUCUUAU